GGAUUUUUUUUGUUGAGCGACAAAAUGUACUUUAACUUUACAGCGCCACUCAUGGUAUGGAUAUAUAUGGAGGGUUGUUUAGUUUCAGUAGCAUGUUUUGGUUUUAAUAUUGUUUUGCCGAGUAGUUUUUAUCACUUUCUUCCUCAUUCACAUGAUUAUUACUUUACUAAUACAAGCCAUUGUAAAAAAUCAAAUGUUAACGUGUCUUACGGACAGCUGCACAAGCAGGUUCUGUUUUAGUCACUUGCAUCAAGUUGUCUGAAAUGAAAGUGAAAGCUCUUCGAGUUGCGUGGCACAGGGAAAGAUAGGUCCAGAAGACCGUUUUGUAACAUGAGUUUAAACAUCAAUAUUCUUAUCUGUUUAUUUCUCUGUGGAGAGGUGCCAGGAAUCCAGUCUUUCGAACAGGUGCCUUGGCUGCCCUGUCAGCUGGUGGAUGAAAGUGUAACGUUCAAUGAUGAGGGACAUGCUGAAACCGAGUACCAGCACAGAGACGCUGGGCUGCAGUUUGGCCAUCCAGGGGACAGUGCUUUGAACCCUAAUAAGAUCACCUUCCUUGUUACAGGCUCUAAGGUGGACAUGAGGAAGUACAUUGAAGGAGUAAUGGCGCACCAGCUGCGGUGUGAGAUCCGCAGGUACAACACAGAGGGCCUCCAGAUGCGUUGGCCAGGUUUAGGAGCCCAGGAGCAUGACAUCUGGUUCACCUGCACCAUACGGCACACCGACGGCGUAUUCAUCAUCACCAGCUUCCUCAGACACACCCCUGCAACGCCCACACCUGGCCAGGCACACUACCGCAACUGGGCCGCCAUCGCAGACAGAGCGGCGCUAACCACUUCAACUGUGAUGCUAGUCCUCACCCGCUCUCCCUCUGUGCGGGUGGGCCUAGUGAAGCAACAGAGCCUGCAUUGUCAGUUUGACGUGGACCACAAGGCAGCUGACCUGACAGUGGAAUGGCGUUUGCAACGACACGGCGAACGCACCACGCUCUUCAGCCACUCCAGCCACUCGGGCCAGACAAAGGGGAGCGGGGUGCCGCUUAACGCCAUCGGUAGGGGCAACGCAUCCCUGACGCUCCCCCUCACCAAGCAGAGCAGCGAGGGGACGUAUGUCUGCCUUGUCUCAGUGCCUCCGCUGUUUGGUAGCCAUGACAUCACUCUGCACAUCAUGGAGCCGCCUCGCGUGUCCUUGAACGUGGACUCUACCAUCUUCCUGGUGGACAGGGGGGAGCAGAAGGUGGUGUGUGAGGCAGAGGGCUACUACCCCCUGGAUGUGGAGAUGGAGUGGUUCAGGGAGCCCAGUGGUGGAGGUGGAGGCCUCCUACCAGAGAAGCUGGACACUGUCCUGUACUCCAGCCACCGCCACCACCAGGACGGGACCUACUCUCUGUCGGCCUUCUUCCUGCUCCACGCUUUCCUGCAUAACUCGGGCUCCAAGUACUUCUGCAGGGUGUCUCACAGCUCCCAGCGCAUGCCCAUCCGCAAAAGCUUCACCCUCAUCGUCACAGAGUAUGACAGUUGGAACACUGCACUGUGGUUGUUCUUUGGCUUUGGAGCCAUCUUGGUCAUGGUGGCCAUUUUGUUUGUGAUGCUACCCCGCCUCAGCUCAGCAAGAAAAGCUAAUCAGCGCAAGCCCUACUGAGAGAACAAUCCAGAGUGGUCCUUCUCUUCAUCUCUGGACUUCUCCAUCAGAUGGUUUAUUUUGGAGUUAACGUUUCCCCUGAAUCUCCUAUUAUAAAAGUACACACAGUUUAGAGAGAGACUAUCCCACAAGGUCAUAGUACUGCUCUGCGAUGAGAUUGUGUAAGGUAGCUUAAUUUUCCUAUAAAAAUACUUGACAUGGAAUAAUUAUUUUAUUUUAUAAAAAUGCAUGAUAAUGUAUGCUAUGAAAAAUAUGAACUAGGAAAUUGAUUUGUUUAAAAUUGAAAAGCAAGUGCACGGAUGAGAUUGUGAAUAUAAAUGUUUAUGAUUUAUUUGUAUUUAAUA